UAUAGAGGAGGAGGAUUAUUAUCUGUGAAGGAGUGGUGGGGUCGUUGUGGAACAGAGCAGGGUCAGCCACAGGGUCAGCCACAGAGUCAGCCACAGAGUCAGCCACAGGGUCAGCCACAGGGUCAGCCACAGGGUCAGCCACAGAGUCAGCCACAGGGUCAGCCACAGGGUCAGCCACAGAGUCAGCCACAGGGUCAGCCACAGGGUCAGCCACAGAGUCAGCCACAGAGUCAGCCACAGGGUCAGCCACAGAGUCAGCCACAGAGUCAGCCACAGAGUCAGCCACAGGGUCAGCCACAGAGUCCGCCACAGGGUCAGCCACAGAGUCAGCCACAGAGUCAGCCACAGGGUCAGCCACAGAGUCAGCCACAGAGUCAGCCACAGAGUCAGCCACAGGGUCAGGGGCACAACGGACAGUAGGUGGCACCUGAGUCAUGAAACUGAGUGGCCAUCUUUUAGUUUCCAUAUCAGUAGCUUAACUCUCAUUGAGGACGUAGUGAGUCACCAAGUGGUAAACACUAUUUUGUCCCUCUAACUCAUUUAGUGAUAGAGCUCUGGUCAAAAGAAGGGCACUGUGUAGGGAAUAGGGUGCCAUAGGGCUGUGGUCUAAAGAAGGGCACUAUGUAGGGAAUAGGAGGCCAUAGGGCUCUGGUCAAAAGAAGGGCACUAUGUAGGGAAUAGGGUGCCAUAGGGCUCUGGUCUAAAGAAGGGCACUAUGUAGGGAAUAGGGUUCCAUUUGGGGGACACACAAGCACUUUGCAUCAAGAAUGCCUUUGGAUUCAACUCAUUUACAUGCUAUUUGCAUCCGGGUUUGGGCACCACGCCUAGCAUUAAUGAAUAACAAGGGAGAGAGGGAGGGCGGGAGAGAGAUAGAGGAUAGGUAGGGAAAGAGAGAGGGAAAGAGAGAGGGAUGGAGAGAGAGAGAGAGAGAGAGAGAGAGAGAGAGAGAGAGAGAGAGAGAGAGAGAGAGAGAGAGAGAGAGAGAGAGAGAGAGAGAGAGAGAGAGAGAGAGAGAGAAAAAAAAAGACAGACAGCAGGAGGAGGACAGUGAUAGUCCUCUUCCUGCAAAUAGUGCACUACUUUUGACCAGGACCCAUAGGGUAGUGCACUACUUUUGACCAGGACCCAUAGGGUAGUGCACUACUUCAGACCAGGGCCCAUAGGGUAGUGCACUACUUCAGACCAGGGCCCAUAGGGUAGUGCACUACUUCAGACCAGGGCCCAUAGAGUAGUGCACUACUUCAGACCAGGGCCCAUAGAGUAGUGCACUACUUCAGACCAGGGCCCAUAGGGUAGUGCACUACUUCAGACCAGGGCCCAUAGAGUAGUGCACUACUUCAGACCAGGGCCCAUAGAGUAGUGCACUACUUUUGACCAGGGCCCAUAGGGUAGUGCACUACUUCAGACCAGGGCCCAUAGAGUAGUGCACUACUUUUGACCAGGGCCCAUAGAGUAGUGCACUACUUCAGACCAGGGCCCAUAGAGUAGUGCACUACUUUUGACCAGGGCCCAUAGGGUAGUGCACUACUUCAGACCAGGGCCCAUAGAGUAGUGCACUACUUUUGACCAGGGCCCAUAGGGUAGUGCACUACUUCAGACCAGGGCCCAUAGAGUAGUGCACUACUUUUGACCAGGGCCCAUAGAGUAGUGCACUACUUUUGACCAGGGCCCAUAGAGUAGUGCACUACUUUUGACCAGGGCCCUAUGGGGGAAUAGGGUGCCUGUUUUGAAAAGAGGGAUGAUGUCUCUCUGCUGCACAUUAAUCUGAAGCAGCAAACUGCAUGGCACACACACACACACACACACACACACACACACACAGACACACAGACACACACACAAAGACUCCCUGAUGGCACUGCUGACCUUCCCAGAAUCCCUAGUUUCUGUCCCCUGGCUGUGUGUGUGUGUGUGUGUGUGUGUGUGUGUGUGUGUGUGUGUGUGUGUGUGUGUGUGUGUGUGUGUGUGUGUGUGUGUGUGUGUGUGUGUGUGUGUGUGUGUGUGUGUGUGUGUGUGUGUGUGUGUGUGUGUGUGCCUGUCUGUGUGACUGCACAGCCUAUGAUCAUCAAGGGUUGCCUGUGCCUACCACAUCUCCCUGCCUGAUGUCAUGUAAUUAGUCCGGAGACAGGGCAGGCUGGGCUCUGUGUUCAAUGUGGACAGGGCAGGCUGGGCUCUGUGUUCAAUGUGGACAGGGCAGGCUGGGCUCUGUGUUCAAUGUGGACAGGGCAGGCUGGACUCUGUGUUCAAUGUGGACAGGGCAGGCUGGGCUCUGUGUUCAAUGUGGACAGGGCAGGCUGGGCUCUGUGUUCAAUGUGGACAGGGCAGGCUGGGCUCUGUGUUCAAUGUGGACAGGGCAGGCUGGACUCUGUGUUCAAUGUGGACAGGGCAGGCUGGACUCUGUGUUCAAUGUGGACAGGGCAGGCUGGGCUCUGUGUUCAAUGUGGACAGGGCAGGCUGGACUCUGUGUUCAAUGUGGACAGGGCAGGCUGGGCUCUGUGUUCAAUGUGGACAGGGCAGGCUGGGCUCUGUGUUCAAUGUGGACAGGGCAGGCUGGGCUCUGUGUUCAAUGUGGUGGUUUGGAUGUUUUCUCACCAUGUUUCUGAUGAUUGGUUACACAACAGGCAGCUUGAAUACAAGUUCAUAUUACAUUUUGCAAUAAAGAAUGUUUUAGUAUUUUGUGUAAAAUGGUGUAUUAGGGAUUUAAAAUUGUGUGUGCGUGUGUGUGUGUGUGCGUGCGUGCGUGCGUGCGUGCCUGUGUGUGUGCCUGUGUGUGUGGAUAAAGUAUCAUUGCAAAAAUUAAUCAGCAACGGAUUUUGCGAAUUAUCUCUCCGCUUUAUCAUCCGCUAAUAAUGUCGCCUCGUAUCUGUCACAGAUAUCUCAAUAGUCUAUAUCGGCUAAAUUAUCUCUAGGUCUUCAUGGAUUUGUCCUUAAUAGCACAGCUAUUGCCAAAUCAUUAUAGGAUUAUUGAGGAAAGAGCUUGUAUUGUCAAAUGUAAUUACCUAUUGUCUACUGAGCUGCAGUUCAUUAAUUUGCGUCCAUUAGAAACCUAUUAACUUGCUCUUUUCUCAAAUGAUCUCAAAUGUUUUGACCGGUUGCGCUCAGUUUCAUAACAAAAGCAAGAAAGACCAAUCAGCUUUCACCUUGUGCAAUAGUUUUUUUAAUAUAUAUAUUAUUCGCUGUUGUCCAAUGGAAAUCCUAGUGGGCGUGAAGGAGUCGUCCUGGCGCGGUGGGAACGUCUUGACAGUUGACUUCUACCGGAGAAUGGCGGCUACCGCCUGCACUACGUUAACUAACACUACCAACCCGCAUAAACAACACCGGAGGAAAAGUAGAGAUUCUCGGAGGAGACAAGCAGCUCUUUUAUUCCUUAGUAACAUUUCUCUAGACGGACAGCCGGUUCAAACGUUAGACCAUGGAAACCGAGACCCCCAUCAUCGAGACGGCGAGUUCCUUGGGGAUGAUAUCGGAACGACAGUGGCCGGGAUGUCAACGGCAUCUAGUAGUAGCUAUGGGAACUUCGGUAACCUACCGACGUCUGUGAGCUGUGGGGCAGUUGGGAACGUUAGCCCCGUACCGAGACUCGGGGUGAUCACUGUCCCGCCUAUCCUCGUUCUGCCUUCGGACUCGUUCAACGAUGGGACCACGGAGUUAUUUCUGGAGAGGCGAGGAGGGUCGUUUUCCUCGCAGGGAAACCUCCUCUCUCCGGCGGGUCUCCAUCCUACUCCCCUCCGACCGCGGAAGUCGUCCACGGUGCUGUCUGUUCAGAGUUCUAGUUCGGUGAUUUCGGAAUCUGGACGGUGGUGUCGGACUCGUAACCUGUCGGGCUCUCCCAGACCUCGCCCCGUGAAGAAGGUCCACUUCAUCAAGAACAUGAGACAGUACGACACGCGAGGCAGCAGGAUCGUGUUGAUCUGUGCCAAGCGUUCUCUGUUUGCUGUGUUCUCCGUGUUGCCCUACGGAGAGAGCGUUCACAUCAGUGACCCUAAAUUGGACAGGCGUAGACAUUCAUCCGGGAACAUCUCUACCACUCUGGAGAUGCUGCCAGGCCUGGAGGGGUUUGAACUGGAACCAUACGGCAAGACGGUGUCGUAUGCCCAGUUCCUGUACCCGACCAAUGCUCUGGUCCGCCAGAAGACUCCCGCGGUGGACAUCACCCUGCAGGUGCCCCUCCCCCAGGUGACCCGGAACAGCAUCCCCAGAAACUACACACCGACUAGGCUCAACUCCAACGUGGGACUGGAUUUAGGUGUGGAUGACACUGGAGACUAUGACCCCAACCUUCUGAGUGACCCCCAGUGGCCCUGUGGGAAACACAAGAGAGUCCUGAUCUUCGCCUCAUAUAUGACGACAGUGAUAGAGUACGUGAAGCCAUCUGAUCUGAAGAAGGACAUGAACGAGACGUUUAAAGAGAAGUUUCCUCAAGUCAAGCUGACUCUCAGCAAGAUCAGGAGUCUGAAAAGGGAGAUACGUACGGUGGGUGAUGACUGCGGACUGCAGCCGGUCACCGUGGCGAUGGCGUUUGUGUACUUUGAGAAGCUGGUCCUCCAGGGGCGACUCAACAAACACAACAGGAAGUUGGUGUCCGCCGCCUGCGUGCUCCUCGCCGCUAAGAUCAGCAGCGACCUCAAGAAGCAGGACGUCACGCAGCUCAUAGAUAAACUAGAGGAUCGUUUCCGUAUCAGUCGGCGAGAGUUGAUCCCGUUUGAGUUCACUAUCCUUGUUGCCCUGGAGAUGGCUCUGUACCUGCCCGAGAGCGCCAUCAUGCCACACUACCGACGCCUGGUGCAGCAGAACUAGGACCAGACCCCUGCCACGCCCACUGGGACAGGAGCCCCACCUACUAGGACCGAAGACUGGACAUCAAUCAGUCAAUCAAUCCAUUUAUAAAGUCAGCUUACAUCAGCUGAUGUCACAAAGUGCUGUACAGAAACCCAGCCUAAAACCCCAAACAGCAAGCAGUGCAGGUGGAGAAGCACGGGGGGGGGGGGGGGAUGAAGGAGAGACAAAUUAAGGCGAUUAAAGGGAGCAGAGAUGGAAGGGAAGAAGAUGAUGAGAGAAAUUAAGAGAGAGAUGACGUGGUAAAGGCUUAGGUAUGUCCCGUGACACCCAUGAAAUCCUUAGCACUGACCACACACUCAUAAUCAGUAACAAUACUGGUAUUUGCCCUCAGGAGAAGCAGAAACGACACCUAUAAUGUCAUCAAACUACAUCUAUUUCUACACCUUCUGAACCUGACCGUGUUCAUGCUGCCAUUUUCCCCUAGAGGGCGGUCAAGUUCAACAGUAGCAUUGGGAUCAAAUGUGAGGUCUGUCACUUUACCACAGGGAUGCCAGUUGCUAGUUAGCAUCAUGAGUCGUGACUUUACCACAGGAAUACCGGUUACUAGUUAGCAUCAUGAGUCGUGACUUUACCACAGGGAUACCGGUUACUAGUUAGCAUCAUGAGUCGUGACUUUACCACAGGGAUACCGGUUACUAGUAGCAACAUGAGUUGUGACUUUACCACAGGGAUACCGGUUACUAGUUAGCAACAUGAGUCGUGACUUUACCACAGGAAUACCGGUUACUAGUUAGCAUCAUGAGUCGUGACUUUACCACAGGGAUACCGGUAUAUAGUUAGCAACAUGAGUCGUGACUUUACCACAGGAAUACCGGUUACUAGUUAGCAUCAUGAGUCGUGACUUUACCACAGGGAUACCGGUAUAUAGUUAGCAACAUGAGUCGUGACUUUACCACAGGAAUACCGGUUACUAGUUAGCAUCAUGAGUCGUGACUUUACCACAGGAAUACCGGUUACUAGUUAGCAACAUGAGUCGUGACUUUACCACAGGGAUACCGGUUACUAGUUAGCAUCAUGAGUCGUGACUUUACCACAGGAAUACCGGUUACUAGUUAGCAUCAUGAGUCGUGACUUUACCACAGGGAUGCCAGUUACUAGUUAGCAUCAUGAGUCGUGACUUUACCACAGGAAUACCGGUUACUAGUUAGCAUCAUGAGUCGUGACUUUACCACAGGGAUACCGAUUACUAGUUAGCAACAUGAGUCGUGACUUUACCACAGGAAUACCGGUUACUAGUUAGCAUCAUGAGUUGUGACUUUACCACAGGAAUACCGGUUACUAGUUAGCAACAUGAGUCGUGACUUUACCACAGGAAUACCGGUUACUAGUUAGCAACAUGAGUCGUGACUUUACCACAGGAAUACCGGUUACUAGUUAGCAACAUGAGUCGUGACUUUACCACAGGGAUACCGGUUACUAGUUAGCAACAUGAGUCGUGACUUUACCACAGGAAUACCGGUUACUAGUUAGCAACAUGAGUCGUGACUUUACCACAGGGAUACCGGUUACUAGUUUGCAACAUGAGUCGUGACUUUACCACAGGAAUACCGAUUACUAGUUAGCAUCGUGAGUCAUGACUUUACCACAGGAAUACCAGUUACUAGUUUGCAACAUGAGUCGUGACUACCACAGGGAUACCAGUUACUAGUUAGCAACAUGAGUCGUGACUUUACCACAGGAAUACCGGUUACUAGUUUGUAGUAAUACUUCUCUCUCUCUCUCCUGUCAGUGUGUUAAAGGGAAAACAACAUCACACAAAAAUUUAACCAAAAAUACAUUUCAUGUAUUUAUCCUUUCUGAGAUGUAUAUUUAUUGUAUCUAUUUCAGCAUAAUGGAUAUUUAUAUCAUAACCCUUGUAGCUUAACUCACAUAGGUCUUAUUCCAACAUCAUAACCAAGCAUUUAGCCCUGUUUACACCAUCAUAGCCAAGCUUCCAUCUUUAGCCCUGUUGACACCAUCAUAACCAAGCAUUUAGCCCUGUUUACACCAUCAUAGCCAAGCAUUUAGCCCUGUUUACACCAUCAUAGCCAAGCAUUUAGCCCUGUUUACACCAUCAUAGCCAAGCAUUUAGCCCUGUUUACACCAUCAUAGCCAAGCGUCCAUCUUUAGCCCUGUUUAUAACAUCAUAACCAAGCAUUUAGCCCUGUUUACACCAUCAUAGCCAAGCGUCCAUCUUUAGCCCUGUUGACACCAUCAUAGCCAAGCGUCCAUCUUUAGCCCUGUUUACACCAUCAUAGCCAAGCGUCCAUCUUUAGCCCUGUUUACACCAUCAUAGCCAAGCGUCCAUCUUUAGCCCUGUUUGAUACUCAGUUCUAACAUGCGUCUGUUGUCCUGAUCUUGUCCACAUUCUGAUUGUGCCCACAUUUGUCGCCAGGUGUAGACAAUCAAAAGACACAUUACGAUUUGAUUUUGAUUGGCUCUUCCUGACCGCUUCCGGGAAGGUCGUCGAAGAUGCAUCUGGUACGGAUACGGCCAUGAAGUGUCAACGUAUCCUGACAACGAAAGCGGAUACACAUUUGGCCAACGUUACGGUUGUAACCGUCCUCUCAACGGGCCAGUUGAGGUACUAAUGCCGCAUUCAAAACAACUGGCGACUCGGGAUUCUGGGAACUUGGAUAUCUCCGGCUUCUGACGUCAGGGCGUUCAAGACAACUUGGAGCUACAACUGGGGGAAAAAAUUUGGUUUUCGAACGGUCAUCCAACUCACAAUUCCAAGUUGGAAACUCGACCAUCUUUCUAGAGCUCCGACUUUCCGACCUGAAGAUCACUGACGUCAUUAUUUGACCUUAUUUGACCUUGUUGUUGACCUUAUUUGACCCUUGACCUUAUUUGACCUUAUUUGACCUUUGACCUUGACCUUAUUUGACCUUGUUGUUUUCUUUCCAGUUCCCAGUUGUCUUGAAAGUUCCAACAAUUACGGACAACGAUACCGCUACAAUUCAUCCAGAAAUAAGAUCUUGGUCUUCAUUAAAAACCAGACGAACCCAAUGUCCAGUUUCUUUAGAGCUGGAUGGAACCCACUGUCCAGUUUCUUUAGAGUUGGAUGCAGUAUUGGGUGACCAUCCCACACCCGCCCACCGUUCAUUCUGGACAGUGCUGUGGUAAUAUUAAGGGAAAGCUGCUGUGAAUAGUAUAAUUCAGUUUACAAAAAAAAAGUAUGAAUGUAUGUACUUGUAAGUCGCUCUGGAUAAGAGCGUCUGCUAAAUGACUUAAAUGUAAAUGUAAAUGUUUAUAUAUCACAUAUGAAAAUUAUGCAGUGGUAUUAUAUUACAGUGGCUUGUCUAUGUAAGUUAGGCCUCCACAUUAUACCUUGAUAUAUAGGUACAAGGGAACAUUAGACCUCCACAUUAUACCUUGAUCUGAAGGUACAAGGGAACAUUAGACCUCCUUGUCGUGAGCUGCUCUCUCUUGUUGCAACUCCAUCGUAGUCCAUCUCAUGCACCCGCAAUACACGACACGGGAUGUGACCCACAAUAACAAAUACACAACAAUACGUGGGACGUGACCCGUAAUAACAAAUGCACGACAAUACGCGGGACGUGACCCAUAAUAACAAAUGCACGACAAUACACGGGACGUGACCCAUAAUAACAAAUGCACAACAAUACAUGUGACGUGACCCGUAAUAACAAAUGCACAACAAUACGUGGGACGUGACCCGUAAUCCGUGUGCUGUUUUCUGUUCAUUUAUAGAGCUUGUGUCAUAAGGUAGGGCUGAGGCAGGUUGGAGUCAUUUUCAUACAGGGAGGGACCAGGGAAUCUGAUCAUAAUACGGACGCAGUGGGCAGAUAAGAGACACGGUGUUACCAUGUGUAGACGCGAUAAACAUUGAAUUUGAUCGGAUGACGACAACCACAUGUUAAUGCAAGGUGGAACCACGGCUGGUGAGGGUUUGUCCCAAACGGCACCCAAAUUCCCUAUGUAGUACACUAUUUUAGCACCCUAUUCCCUAUGUAGUACACUAUUUUAGCACCCUAUUCCCUAUGUAGUACACUAUUUUAGCACCCUACUCCCUAUGUAGUGCACUAUUUUAGCACCCUAUUCCCUAUGUAGUACACUAUUUUAGCACCCUAUUCCCUAUGUAGUACACUAUUUUAGCACCCUAUUCCCUAUGUAGUACACUAUUUUAGCACCCUAUUCCCUAUGUAGUGCACUACUUUAGCACCCUAUUCCCUAUGUAGUGCACUAUUUUAGCACCCUAUUCCCUAUGUAGCGCACUACUUUAGCACCCUAUUCCCUAUGUAGUGCACUACUUUAGCACCAUAUUCCCUAUGUAGCGCACUACUUUAGCACCCUAUUCCCUAUGUAGCGCACUACUUUAGCACCCUAUUCCCUAUGUAGCGCACUACUUUAGCACCCUAUUCCCUAUGUAGCGCACUACUUUAGCACCCUAUUCCCUAUGUAGGGCACUACUUUAGCACCCUAUUCCCUAUCUAGCGCACUACUUUAGCACCCUAUUCCCUAUGUAGCGCACUACUUUAGCACCCUAUUCCCUAUGUACUGCACUACUUUAGCACCCUAUUCCCUAUGUAGCGCACUACUUUAGCACCCUAUUCCCUAUGUAGUGCACUACUUUAGCACCCUAUUCCCUAUGUAGCGCACUACUUUAGCACCCUAUUCCCUAUGUAAUGCACUACUUUAGCACCCUAUUCCCUAUGUAGCGCACUACUUUAGCACCCUAUUCCCUAUGUAGCGCACUACUUUAGCACCCUAUUCCCCAUGUAGUGCACUACUUUUCACCAGGGCCCUAUGGGGGGG